AUGGCUUCUACUAGUACUACAGAGCAAACACCACUUCUUGGUAAUGGCAGUAAUGCAGCCGUAAUUGAUGAAGAAAAUGCAAAUUUACAACCUGCUAAUCGAAAAUUUCGUCAAGGCGGAGUAGUGGCAUUACUAAUAUUUAUCACGAUUAUGUUGUUGAUCUUUAUAUUUUUACCUCAUAAUCGUCCCGAAGAAACGCAUGAAGACAUUGUGUCACCAAGACAAAUCACCAAAAAUAUAUUCGAGCAUUUAAAUCAAUUUUAUCUUAUUGCGCAGAAUCAUAAUGAGUCAUAUUCAUCGUCGUCGACAAAACAGGCAUCAACCACCACUAAACUUGCAACGUUUGAUUUCGACGAAGAGAAUUUUGCAAUUGAUCCUGAUAACCCUGCACCUUCACGAUCGGUUACCACGGGAUAUAAUGCAUCAGCGCAAUAUAUUAUAUCAUUGUUGACAAACAGAACGAGAUGUGAUAUUCAGUUGCAAUAUUUCAAAGUUCCCAUUUGGGAAAAAUUUCGUGAGGCAGAAUUGAAUGUCACGUAUCUUUAUGAUGACGUUGUUGAGGAUAAUGGAAAAGGAAUGAAUAGCGAGAGGAAAAAGCAGGAUGCCAAACAAGCAAUAACAUAUCAAGGAGGCGUAGAUUUUUGGAGUAUGAGAUAUGGUGGACAAGCCGCUAACCUUACGAAUAAGAAAAUUGCAGUUAUUCCGUCGCACGGAUGUAGUGACAAAGGAUGGGAAGAUGUGAAAGAUAAAAUUGCGUUGAUUCAGGAAGGUGGACAAUGUGAACUCUGGAUUUCAGCUUAUACAGCCGAAUUGAAAGGUGCUUCGGCGGUAAUAUUCUACAAUUCAGCAUCGAGAACAAAGCUUUUAUUUAAUCGUGUUCGAAUCGUAGAUUGGAAGGAAGGAGAUCCAAUAAUGAAAAUACCAGUUCUGGCUGCGUCCUUCUCUCUUGGACAAUUGCUUGCCUUCUCGAAAGAUAAAAGAAUUGAUCUGCGAACAUAUACAAAGAUUUCUAUAGUUGAUACAUACAACGUCAUAUGUUCAUUAAAAGACGGCGGACGUAAAGAAAAUACUCUGGUUUUCGGAGCGCAUUUAGACUCUGUUCCCGCUGGUCCUGGCCUUGUCGAUAACGCAUCGGGGUCUUCUACUCUUUUAGAGAUUUUACUUUCACUUGAAAAAACUAAUUUUACGCCGAAGAAUCACUUAGUAUUUGCCUGGUGGGGUGCAGAAGAAAUUGGAUUACUGGGAUCACGCCAUUUUGUGCAAGAAGCAGUUAUGAGCGGUGAAAAUGAAAAUAUCGCGUUGAAUUUGAAUUUCGAUAUGUUGGGAAGUCCUAAUUACGUGCCAUUUAUUCAUCGUGGAGAAGAUGCUCCAGAAGACGUAAGAAACGCAUCCAUCGUAAUUCAGAAUACGUUUGAAAAUUUCUUCAAAUCAAUUCGAGAACCGUAUGAACUUAUUGAUAUGGUAGCAGGCAGUGACUUUCUACCAUUUAUUGAACAUGGAAUUCCUUCUGGUGGUGUAUUAACUGGUGCAGGUGGUUUAAAAUCCGAAGAGCAACGGCAUACAUUCAAAGGUUUUGCACACGCGCCCUAUGAUCCUUGUUAUCAUAGAUCAUGUGACACGCUUGAGAAUGUCAGUGAGGACGCUAUAAGUUUGAUGUCACAAGCAGCAUUUCAUGUUAUUAAGAAAUUUGCUACGGACAAGCAAAUACGACAGUCUUUAGG